AUGCCGAUUUUGUGUUUGAGACCGUGGGCAACCACCAGCGAGAAGCUCCAGAAAUGUGAGGACAGUGGCACAAUCUCAUCCUGCGACGAGUACUUCUACAAGGAACCCGUAUCCCCUAGAGUUGGGUGCAUGGGCCAGAUCAAGCGAAGCAACAAAGUAGUUGGUUUCCCAGGUCACAGUAGAAGCAACAACAACAACAACAAUGGCAAAAAGAAGUACUUGAAGCUCCAAAAGAUGUUCUCUAGCAAGGAUCUCAUUAGUACUACAGGUAGCAGAAGACAGAUGAUCGUGGGUAGCAGUAGAGACAAGUUUGUAGAUGAGGAGGACUACCGUUCGAUCAAAAUGGUUGAUUUGGAUCCUCCUUUGCCAGUCAUUAAACGGGUGCCAAACGCCGGCGGCGAGGAUAGCAACGAAGUUGUUAGUCUUUGGAAGAGGAGAUGUGGUGGGGAGGCUUUGAAGGGUCUGGAGAUUCAAAAGAGACAGCCAGUUUCCCUGUGUUGA